GUGUUUAGUGAUAACAUCGGAGCGGAUAUCCACCCCCAAAUGAGCGUCUAGUCCGAAGUCGUGAUCGAGUGAGUGGUAAAGCAGCAGCAGCAGCAGCAGCGUGUGGAGAGUGUGAAGUAGUGCGGGGUCCAUACAAGAGUCCUGAUCCUUCGUGUGUCGGUUGUGUUGGGAUAGUGUGAUAGAGCAUCUUGAACAGUGAUCGUGUCUUGCACCAUGUCGCUCAAGAAGGUAGUGUCGAUCCUGGUGAUCUGUGUGGUCGCCGUGCAGGGUGCCAGCGUGGCCCAGAAGGAUGCGAGCGUGGCCAGCCAGCUUAGCUGGGCCUGCAUCAACAACGUGAACUGCGUGACCGGGCUGGCGAAGGAUGUCGUCCAGAAGUUGCAGUCUCGCCGAUCGAUCGAUUUCGGUGUGUUCAGCGUGCAGCCGGUCGAGCGCAUUCCGCUGAGCGUGGAAGGACGUUCGUCCCGCGCGCUAGACUUCCUUAGCUCCAACGCGCUCCAGGUGCCGGUUGGACCGACCGUCCUGAACAUUGAACGAUCGGCUGACUACCCGAACUAUGUUGAGGUGUCGCUGCUCAAGAAGGAAGACGGAGCCCGCGGACGUACCCGCAAGCACAUGCGCUUCUUCGUGCCCGCGUUCCUGGUCUUCAGCCAGAUUGGCUGGUAUGCGCUUGCCAUCGCCGGCGUGAAGCUGCUGGCCAUUAAGGCGUUUUUGGUCGCUAAAAUUGCCCUAAUUGUCGUAGCAAUGAUGACGUUCAAGAAGCUCAUGGAACCGGUCGCUGUCAUGCCAGCGCCGUACUUCGACCAUCCGGAACCGUUCAUGAUGCCGUACGGCAUGGACUUCCACCAUGGGUUCGGUGGUGCUAGCAACGACAUGUACUCGAUGGGACUGGGCGGCCAUUUGGGACACCACGACGGACCGUCGGCACUGCACGCCGCCGAGGGUGGUCUCGGUGCGGCCAGCAACGUGAAUGCGGCCGUCGUCGAUGCUGCUGCGUCCACUGCGACCGACAAGUCGAGCAGCUCGCCGGCACAACCCGUUGCGGUCGCUGGCGGUAGCGAGCGUCAUCACUUUAGCGCCGGCAGCAAGAUCAAGCGGCAGGAUGUGUACUCGCAGCCCCAGGCAGCCAAGUACUUCAGAUAGGCGCAGCUUAUCCACCCACCAAACCAACACCACCCACACACAACCCACCAUACAAAACCUGCAAGAAAAAAGUAUCCGACACUCGACUGAACUGAGCUGAACCGUGUGCGGACGUUGAAGGUCGCACUGGUUUGGAAGAUCGCGUCCAACCCCCACCGCGGUGGUGCCUGUUGUAUAAUUUGUUUCCCACCAAAAUCGCAAUCGGAUGUCUCCCGGUCGCCACCCCCCGGCCGGGUGGUGAUCGCGCCGAAGACAGCAAAGCCUGACGAAACGUUUGUUUGCCAAAAAAUGUAACUAUAACCUCCGCCCGUUUUCCAUCCCAUCCUGCGUCCCCAAUACGUCCUUGAACAAUUAUUCCGCGAGACCUUCUCCACUCCAAGCAUGCGCCCAAAAUAAAGCAUAUUUAUUUAUUUAUUUAUUACUUGUG